UAAUUCGGACCAAUGAUAAGCUUGGAGAGUCGCCCUAUACGUGGCACCAAGCAUUGAAUCCUUUCCUACGUCCGCCAUUUUAACAUACGGGACUUUGUCGGGAGUGUUGGUUUUAUGUUUUAUCGUUUCUCGUGAGUAUUGUAUUUUUUAGUGCUACGUACCUAAAUAACUAAGGUCAUAAUCAUGGGGAAUAUGUUUGCGACAUUGUUUAAAGGCCUUUUUGGUAAAAAAGAAAUGAGAAUUUUGAUGGUAGGUCUUGAUGCUGCUGGUAAAACUACGAUACUGUACAAAUUAAAAUUAGGUGAAAUCGUAACGACGAUUCCAACUAUAGGAUUCAAUGUAGAGACAGUUGAGUAUAAAAAUAUUAGUUUUACUGUAUGGGAUGUGGGUGGUCAAGAUAAAAUCAGACCUCUAUGGCGACACUAUUUCCAAAAUACACAGGGAUUAAUUUUUGUAGUUGACAGUAAUGAUAGAGAACGUAUUGGGGAAGCACGUGAAGAGUUAAUGCGAAUGUUGGCAGAAGAUGAAUUAAGAGAUGCUGUUCUUUUAAUAUUCGCUAACAAACAAGAUUUGCCAAAUGCGAUGAAUGCCGCAGAAAUAACAGACAAAUUGGGGCUGCACUCGUUACGCAACCGUAACUGGUAUAUCCAGGCAACGUGUGCCACAAGCGGAGACGGUUUGUACGAGGGUCUUGACUGGCUAUCCAAUCAACUGAAAAACGCAAACCGCUAAUCGACGAUGAUACCGUCAACACUAAAUUGUUACUAUCAUCAUCGCCAACUUAAAAAAACAAACAAACAAAACAAGAUUAAAAAAAAAAUAUAAAAAAUAAUGAUAAAAUAAAAUAAAAACAAUAAAUCGAUUUUAAUAACAGCGUAAAACAUCAAUAAUAAUACUAAAAAAAAAAAGAAAAAAAUAAAUAAAUAAA